AAUCACCCUAUAAAUAAUCCCCUUAGUACAACCAACCACAAGAAGCUCAAAUUCAUUAUUAACACCUCCAACAAAAACAUGUAUGCUACUACUUCCUUUGUUUCACCACUCCUCCAUGAACUUGUUGAGAAUUUCCACUCAAGAAGGUUGCUCCUUCACUCUCCAAUUAACCAACCAUCCAACCCUCCAAUUUCCACAAACAACCAUGAUUCAACUUCAGAAUCAUCCUAUCUUGGAGAUGGUAAUUUUGAUGCAAAUGUUAUUAUGGUACUCUCUGUCCUAUUAUGUGCUCUUAUUUGUUCACUAGGUUUAAACUCAAUUAUAAGAUGUGCACUAAGGUGUUCCAAUUUAGUCAUGAUGAGUAGCGAUCACUUGGAGAACAAUACUGCGGUUCGAGCGAAAAACACUGGAAUAAAAAAGAAAGCUCUCAAGUCUUUCACCACAAUAAGUUACUCACCAGAAUUAAACUUGUCGAGUUUGGAUUCAGAGUGUGUGAUAUGUCUUUCAGAAUUCAGUAACGGCGAUAAAGUGCGCCUUUUGCCUAAAUGUAACCACGGAUUUCAUGUUCGCUGCAUUGACAAAUGGCUAAGCUCGCACUCGUCUUGUCCUAAGUGUAGACAAUGCCUUAUUGAGACAUGUAAAAAGAUUGUUGGGUCACAAGGUAGUUCAUCCCAAUUAGUGCCAGAAACAAUUGUAACUAUAGCACCACUUGAGCCAGAAGGUUUGGUGCGUAAUUAUAGGGAGGUAAUUAGUUGAUUUAGUAGUUUUUUCUUAUUUGAAGCUGAAACUGGUAUUGUGCCUUAGACUUUGUAGAAUGUCUUUAAUUAGUUCUAGUUUAGUUUAGACUUAAUUAGCUAUCAUCCAACUUCAACAUAAUCAAUGUAGUGGGUUAUUGGUCAUGAUUAAUUGGAUGUGUUUUUAGUGUUCAAACUCUUUAGAGUUUGUUUUAGUUUUUAGACUUUUAGCAUCUUUCCCCUUAAAUUGUAUAAAACAAGUUCAAAUUGUAUAUUGCAUUUUUUUAAAUUAUGUUGAUCUAAUGAUGUACUUAUGACAAGGAACUUAUAGCAUCUUAAA